ACGAUACUAUACCAAAUAAUUAUAAUUGCGAUACAUGAUAUAUGACUACAUUUCCCAGCAACACCUGGGAGAGGAAGAAAAACCACACCGUUCACUUUCGUUUACACGCCUAGCAGAUCUGAAUGAGUGAAUCUGCUAUAACAAUGUCGGUCACUGUUGUAAUAUUGCACAUUGCACAGUUUAGAACUGAUUGAGAUUCUAGAACGUCUGGCUGAUUGUGACUCGGUUAGUCUGUGUUUAUUAUUUGAACUGCGCGCGUGUGCAUUCUGUGAUCAGGUCGAUCAUGGCAGAUAGGAGUUGGCUGGAGGAUUCACUUGGUCGUUCAUCAAAACUCGGACUUGAGGUGUUGCAGAGAGCUAAAAGACGGUCGGAAACCUUGAAGAGUGACAGAUUAUAUCACCGAAAUGAUUCUGGCACUGAGAAGCACUCGGAGGUUCUGGAGCACCCUGCUGCUUGUAUGACUUUGGAUAAUGCUUUUGCGAAAAUAGCAAUGUGCAUGUCUGAAACUAGCAAUCAAUGCAAGAAGUUUUAUAGGUCUGCAGAAGAGCUUCAUGAACAAGAUCGAGCCCAUGUGUGUCGCUUUCAUGGUAAGCGUCUUCUACAGGCUUCAAGACAAUUUCAAGCCACUUCCUUAACCUCCAAAAGAGCACAUUACACUGUACUUAUGCCAUUACAGCAGCAAUGCAGGACGCUGGUCCACAGACCCGAGUGGUGCACGUCAAUGCCGGGGAAAGCAUGAGACUCACAUUCAACCUCUGACUUCAGGUUUACUAUCCUCAGGGUUUAAUGAAAUGUUUUCAAAUACAGUGAAUCAUUUGGGUAUCUAAAAAGCAGUCUCAUAUCAUUGCACAUUGCACAAAAUAAAAAAUGACUGAAUUUAAGCUCUUUGGUGCACUUAAUGUAAUAUAACAUGUGCCUUUUAAUGUUUUUAUGUACUACUCAGGGAAGUUUCAUCAACAGGACUGAAUUAUGUGCAAUAUAAUGUUUGCCUUUAUUUUGUGAAUUUUUGAUGCUUUUUUGAUGUCUGAAUAAACGUUAUUGUUUUUAUUUCAACAAUAUUUUGCUGCAAUACUACUGCGUGAUAAAUGCCUCUAUAUAAAUGAAGAAUGGGCCAGUAAGCUGUAAGCCAGCACCUUACCUGAAAGAGGUCAUGCUUACUGGGGAAAACUCCCCUUUGACUCCCUGCUUAUUUUAUUGAAGGGAGUCAAAAUAACUUCCAUCUCAGCUUUUCUGUUUUUUCUUUUACUAUUCAUUUUGUGUUUUCAACCCUGUAUUGGUAAACAGUGCCAGAACCCUAGCAUUGUUUAGCAAGAUAAUUUAACUCAUUCUAUGAUUCCCCCAUCUCAUAACAUCAUUUUACCCCCCUGAUUUGUCAAUAAUCAUUUAUCAUGUCCAAAACACAAAAGAACUAUUAAUGUGAGAAAACAUAAUAAAUUCAUUCAAUCAUUAAAAAAUAA